AUGGGUAUGGAUCCGGAGGAGGAAGGUAGCAUAUUGGAUGAAUUUAUACCUGAUGCAGAUGAAGCACAGGAUGGAAUGAUUGAUGUAAAAAUGGAGAACAAACGCAUGUGGAGUGAUGAAGAGACUAAUGCUUUUAUUGGCUUCAUGGAGGAGUCUGUAGUAGAUGGUCAGAGGGCCGACUGUGGGCAAUUCAAACCAGGAACAUUCGAGAAACUGGCUCUGAAGAUGCUGGAGGCCUUCCCCGGUUGUACCCUAACUGCGAAGCACCGCAAGAAUAAGCACAAGCGAUUGAAGGAGAAGUAUCAGUACGCCACUGACAUGCUUGGAUGCAGUGGGUUCGGGUGGAAUAAUGAGAAACAAUGUGUCGAGGUUGAUUCGAAAGACGUUCUUGAUGCAUGGUUGAAGGCACAUCCAAUAAAGUUCUAUAGUCCUGGCAAGCCAUUUCCUCUUUUUCACCGGCUAGAGGGUAUAUUUGGUAGGGAUAGAGCCACGGGAGCAGCAGCAGUUAGUGGCUUCGAUACGGAAGAACAGGUUAAUGAAGAGACGGAAGACACUACAAUUGGAUUUGAUGACUCUGAAAUGUCUCCACAACCAGAAUUAGACAGAGGCCCAGCAAUGCAAGGACAAGCAUCACAUUCUGAAGCUGGUACGAGUGCAGGAAGCACAAGGCGAUAUGGGAGGAAGAGAAAGUAA